AUGUCGGCAUAUGCGGAAACCGCGGAUGACUAUCAUGUCGACCCCGUCCUUUUGUCCCAUGUCUGUCGUACAUGGAGAGAAAUUGUGCUUGGGGCCCCUACACUCUGGCAGGUAUUCCAAAUAUACCUAAACCAGAAGCCGAGUGUCAUCAAGUCCUUCUGGUUCGCCAUGAGCGACAGAGUGAAGCAAUUGCCAGUCAGACUGGAGCUCAUAGACCGACCUAAUAUCUUCCACCACGAGCUCGUCAUCUCAAUUAUACGAAAUAUGCUCGCCAUUACCGACGUGAACAUCGAUCAAGUUUAUCUAUCCGUCAUCAGGCAGCCCUAUGCACUCCCAGUUGCAUCAUAUCUCAAACUAUUUACAAGAUCACUUCAGCUAGUUCACGUGGUAGCGUCACAAGAACCUCGCCUGUCGGUAGAAGGUCACAUAACUAUCCCAGAGGAGACGUGGUUUGACGGUAUCUGUAUCUACGUGGACAUUAGGAGAAUAUUGGAGAUUCUUCCCCCAACAAACUCGCUGAUCUUGGAAGAUAUCGCCUUCGAACCAAAGAGCCAAGGGUCGUACAGCUCAGGGCUGGCAAAGCUCAAGGCACUUACACUCACGACAUCCAGAUACUCAUCAAUUGAACUCUGGCAUCUGCUUCGUGAGUGCGGGAGGCUCGAAUAUCUUCGCCUAGAUGGAGAUAUUGAAAUAAUGGACGCACCACUUCCUGAUGACACAGCUCUAGAAACUAUCACAACACUCGAAGUCGAGAGUCUGGGAUACUUCUGCGAAGAUCUGACCCCUCCCGUGUUUCCCAACCUCAGGGAACUUGUCACCAAUCUAGGCGAGCCCCUAUACAUGCAACAAUUCUUGUCCGUCAACUCGACACCUAAACGACUAUGCGUAUUUCAAUCGAUCUCACUCAGUCUCGACUUUCUCUCUCGGUCACUACCCCACCUCCGCGAGGCACUCCUCUGCGAUAUCGAUUUAUCUACUUUUUAUACCGCCUCCUCGGAUACUGAAUGGAAUCUUGAACAACUACAAGAGCUCACUGUCGACUUUUUCGACAAAAGUUUGGACCCUGGGGAAGUUGAACGGGUCAUUCAACAUCGCAUGCUGCGCAUGCAGUUACCAAGCUCGGUAGUAACACUCGAAAAGUUUAGUAUAGUGCUUCCUCUACCUAUGGCGGAUGUGGAAGCCACCCCCAAGUGGCAGAAUAGUCAACUCCUUAGGUGUGCCGAGGUGGAGACAGGCAAAGAAGCCGUUCAGUACACAUGGAGCGUUGACUGGUAA